AUGUCGAAGUCCCUCGCUUUCAUUUCCCCUCUCGCUCUCUCACUAUAUCUCUUCCUCUCUCUCUGUCUAUCUGUCUCUCCUCUCAAAUUCGACGCCGCCUACGGCAUCGCAUCUGCUCACAUCCUCCGGGCCAUGUCGACACAAAAGUUCGGCCAAGAGGGGAGGAAGGAAGGCUUGAACUUCCUUGAACUGGAUUUUGAUUUCUAUGAUAACCCUGACACCAUCGAAGACCAUGAUUUCUGUGGCAAAGAGCUCGACCGUCCUCUCUACUGUGUUCUCCAUGAUACCAAGCCUCUCAGGUGUGUGGCUUUUCAAGGAAGUGACACGGGGAGGAGGUUCUACGGCUGUGCUGUGAAAAGAGGCGUGAACUGUGGAGUCGUCGAAUGGGUUGACCGCCCAUGGCCUAUCAUUAUGCAGAGGUGCCUACUCAAGCUCUGGGGGAUGUUUGAUGAGAGCAAUGAUGAUAGGCAAGCAAAGGAUGAAGAGAUAAGCAGGCUUAAAAUGGAUAAUGAACAAGUGAACCUUAAGAUCGAGAAUCUUGUUGCAGCUGUGGAAAGAACUAAUGUAACUACCAUGAAGAUUGACAGGCAGAAGAAGCAGAUGGGUAUCAUUGAUAAAGACGUCAAGCUCAUUCAGAGGUCUCUCACAAGUGCCAUUCAUAAUCUUAAGGACGACAAGGGUGAGAUUAAGCUGGACAGGGAUUUUCUGAAGGAGGAGGUGCAUAAGCUGGAGGAGAAUAGAAAGAAGAUGCAAAGCGUCAUCUGUGAUCUUUUGGGGCAAGGGUUUGCGAACACUGAUGACCUCCUGAUGAUCAAGGCAAUCCUCGAAGAAUGA